AUGUUACCUACCUUCGAUACUACAUCCAGCACAACGCGGCUAGUCGAACCGACGAGCCCCAUGACUCGGCGACGUCGGUCCAGUUUCAGUGGGGGCACCCCGAACGCGAGCACCGAUAUCUGCGUUCAACAAGCCCUCACAUCGGACGAAUUUGUUCAACGAAGGAAACGACGAGGAGGUGCCCCAGCCCUCGAGCAUCAGAGUAGCGACAGCGCCCUCGCGAGACAACCCCAGCUGAAUCGAAAAUCCAUCGCGAUACCCCCACCCAAAUCCAAUGUCGGCAGCAGUCGUGACCUCGGCUACGGCGGCAAGAGUCCCGACGCGAACGGAUCCCCCGCCCUCUUACUCUGUUCUCCGAGCUCGGCUUCGACCAUCAAGGCGUCCAUGUUCCCCCGAGCGGCGCCAGCUCCCGAUGGGUCCGCGUCGGAACGCACAGGCGCCAAAGGACCCAAGCGCCAACCUGCAUCGCGGUCGUUCGGUUCCUUCCAACGCCCUCGUUCGCGCCCGAGAAGUCCGAGGGCGAUGAAAUGUGGUUCCGAUUCGUCUUCGAUUGCACCGCCGUCGCCACCAUCCUCGCCCUCGCCCUCGCCCUCGCCCUCGCCCUCGCCGUCACCGUCGCUGUAUGGGUCACCCGUCCUCUCUCGCUCCGGAUCCCCGCAGCAAAUUCACUCGGACGUGCACGUCCCUCAACGAUCGAUUUUAGCUUCGUCUUGUCCCGCCCCCAGGGGUGCCACACUGUCGCUAGGGCCUUCAACCCCCGUACCCCUCACGAGCUCGAUUCUGGCCGAGGGUCAAGUCGAAUUGUCGACAAAUCUGGUCGCGGUCGAGGUGCUCGCGGAUUUGCAGUGUGGACGCAGCGUGACGAGCAGUGAAUGCGGUGACCGGGAUCGAGAACAUGAUCACGACUUUGGCAGCGACUUUUUCGUUUACGACUGCACGGCUCCUCGUUCGAUCCCAGACGUGCCGCCGACCGAUCCGGAUUUCGCCGCCAAGGCGGGUGCCUCACUCCCUUCACCGCGCUCACCGACCUAUGGCGGUCUCGUCCCUCUGCAUCCUUCCGGACGAUCCUCGACGAUACGCAACCAUACCGCUCCGCUACCUGUCAGUGAUUUGGACGGUAUGCGAGCGAUCGACGAAUUGCGCCGUUGUGCUUCAGCGAGCCCGAUAUCGACGUCACCUCCCCACCAGGGCACCUUGUCAAGCCUCGACAAGACUUCCAGCGACGGAGGCCGAGUGAUUGCGUCUGGUCAAAUUAGUAGGUCAUCUUCGACCUCCCGAUCGAGCAGGAACGCCCACUUUAGGUCAGGGGAGGAGAGGCGUUUGCACCACGAAUCCGACGCUGGCUCGGCUCAGACGACUUCACCCGAUGGGUCCAAGGUGCUGCUCAAACGACCCCCUCUGCAUACUUACACCUCGUUUGAAAGUGCGUUCGACGUCGCUCCGCCACCAUCGCCCCCCGCUAGUCCAAAGGGGCCGAACAAAGGUUGGCCGUGGCAGCGCUCUUGA